UGGUCGAAGUCUCCUUCGCUGUCCAUCCGUUUUCCCUCGUCUGUCUUCCUCCCCUUCGCGUUUCUUCCCGAAGAAAAAAAAGAGGCCUCUUUUCCUGAUCUUCGGCGAUUCUCCUCCCAACCAAUCUUCGAUUUCUUGCCGUGUUUUCCUCUCUUUCAAUCGCAAGAUAUUGCACGCCUCGAUCCUUUCACGGGAUUCUGGGGAUUUGGAGACCGGAAGCUCCAUUCUAAGAGAAUCUGAGGUGAUUUUUCUGUCGAGAUUGUCAAGAACGGUAGCCGAUUUUGUCUUCAAAGCAUCUGUAUUGGUUUUCAACGGGUCAGAGGCUUGAAUCGUCGACUUUUUGCCCAUUUUCAGCGGUCGAUUCGUUUUGGAGGACGAUCUGAGGUGUCUCUACCGAGUUUUUGUGCAAUAGAAGGAUUUUCCAGAGAUCUAAGGGUGUUUCCUUCCGCUAUUGGCGAAACGGAGAAGAACGGAAGACCGCCAUUGGCGAAACGGAGAAGAACGGAAAUUGUUCUCCAUUCGUCUGACGGAAUUGCAGCUCGCUUCUUGUAGGGAAGAACGGAACGGCUGUCGAUUUGCGUUUUCUAGAAUCAUCAACUUGAUUCGACCCGUUUGGCGCUCAAAUCAUCGAUUGUCGUCUGUUUUUCUGGCUUGGAAGUAAGAAAUGCGUGCUUCCGUAGCUCACUCUUGAGAGAUCUGAAAGAUCGAAUUCGGACGAUUCAAUACCUGCUGCAGAAUCUGUUUUUUCGACCUAAAACAGAGGAGAAAGGAGAAGUGAGAUGAUGCGAAUGAGGACGAAGACCGCAUCAACGCCAAUGAACGGAAGUUCGGAAAAAGGUAGUGGCGGCAAAUCGCACGCUGUCGAUUGGGAGCUCAGACCAGGCGGAAUGCUGGUGCAGAAGCGGAAUCCGAACUCGGAUCGAACUCCCGUCGUUUCUCCCACAAUCAAAGUCAGAGUCAAGUACGGCUCUUCUCUGCACGAAAUCUACAUUAGCUCUCAAGCUAGUUUCGGGGAAUUGAAGAAAAUGCUUGCCGGCCCAACCGGAUUACAUCCGCAGGACCAGAAGCUUCUCUUCAAAGACAAGGAGAGAGACUCGAAGGCUUACCUAGAUACGUCAGGCGUGAAGGAACGGUCGAAGAUCGUCCUGAUGGAAGAUCCAACGAGUCAGGAGAGACGGUACAUUGAGAUGCGGAAGAAUGCGAAGAUGGAGAGGGCGUCUAAAUCCAUCUCGGAAAUAAGCUUGGAAGUCGACAAGCUCGCCGGCCAGGUCUCCGCCCUUGAUUCCGUAAUCUCCAAAGGUGGGAAAGUCGCCGAGAAGGAAGUAUUGAAUCUGAUUGAGCUAUUGAUGAUGCAGCUGAUAAAAUUGGACGGUAUUAUGGCUGAUGGGGAUGUGAAAUUACAGAGGAGAAUGCAGGUGAAAAGAGUGCAGAAGUACGUCGAAACACUUGAUUCGAUCAAGAUCCGGAACGCCAUGCCGAUCGGUGUUGGUGAUCUGCAACAAAUGCCAGAGCGGAAUCCGGCCUUCGCCCCUGUCAUGAUGACGACCAAAUGGGAGACAUUCGAUUAGGGGUCCGCCCGUCGACGCCCACCAUAGCCACUGCCAUUGCUAAGCUUGAUUGGGAGCUUUUGAGUAAGUCUUUUUUCCUGAUGUGAAUCCAUAUUAUUAUCAGAUAAGCUGUAUCUGUAUGGGUUGUGUUUUUGUUUGUUUGAGCAAUCUCUAUUUUCCAUAUUCUUUCCUGUAUUUAGAUAUUUAAGGUUGUUGUAGCUCUCUAUCUCAUUUGAUCCAUCAGAAAUAAAAUGGGUUAAUGAUGAUUGUGAUGA